AUGACUUUCCAUCCAGACUCGCUCCCUGACCUGACAGGCAAGGUCUACAUUGUGACGGGUGGCACCUCCGGCAUCGGCUUCUACACCGUCGCCCGUCUAGCCCAGCAUGGCGCCCACGUCUACCUCUGCGCCCGCUCCGAAGCAAAAGGCCGCAAGGCCGUAGAGGAGAUCCAAGCCCUGUACCCCACCGCCCGCGUGAGCACCUUAGUCAUGGACCACGAGGUCCUCGCCUCCGUCGCCGCGGCCGCGGACCUCUUCCUCUCCAAGGAGUCCCGCCUGCACGGCCUCGUCAACAACGCGGGCGUCAUGGCCGUGCCGCGCCGGCUCACCGCCGACGGGUACGAGGUGCAGUGGCAGACCAACUACGUCGCGCACUGGCUGUUCACGGAGCGCCUCCUGCCGCUCAUGCUCGCGACCUCGAGGGCGCUGCCGGCGGGCGCCGUGCGCGUCGCGAACCUGACCUCGGGGGGCAACAUGAUGGCGCCCAGGCCAGGGGUCGACUUGGCCGACACCUCCCUGCGCGAGGGGUCGGCCAUCGCACGCUACGGGCAGUCCAAGCUGGCCAACAUCCUGCACGCGCAGGCGCUGCACCGGCGCGUCGGGCCGCGGCCGGGGCGCGAUAGAGCUACGGAGGGCGAGGUCUGGACGUCGUCGAUACACCCCGGCGUCGUCAAGACGGGGCUCGACGCCAAGGCGACCGAGGCGCCGUUCUUCAUCGGGAUCAUCACGUUUGUGCUCAACGUCUUUGGGGCGCACUGGCCGGCCGACCGGGGCGCGUGGACGAGUGUCUUCUGCGUGGCGAGCCCUGAUAUGAGGGCCGAGCAGAGCGGGACGUUCUUCGAGAGGAUUGCCAGGGCGGGCACGGCGAUCUCGUCCAAGGCCAAGGACGAGAAGUUGGAGGCGAGGUUGGAGGAGUGGACGAGGGAGGAGAUGGAAAAGAAGGGGUGGGUUUGA